AUGGAGAUCGGUGACCUUAACCCGGCCGUGGUGAUGGACCGGCUGAGCACUGCCCUCAGGCCGGGGCCAUUUGUGAAUAGCUUGUGCAAAAAGCCUCCUGUUGAUAUGAUUGAUCUCCGACGCCGAGCUGAAAAAUAUAUGCAAAUGGAGGAGCUGGCGGAGACCCGAAAUCAAGCCAGGGCCGAGGAGGGCCAUAGCCGAAAAGAAUCUGGCCGAGAGCCAAUGAGAAAGCCUAAUGCCGACCCCUCGAGCACUCGUCUCCCAAGGGGCCCACGUUAUACAACGUAUACUCCCCUCAAUGCGAGUAGAGCCAAAGUAAUGGAACAGGCCCUUGCAUCAGAGAUCCUCGUGAUGCCAAAAAGGGCGAACACGCCCUCUAGAGCCGACAAGGCCAAGACGUGCCGAUUCCACCGAAACAGGGGGCACUCAACAGAAGAAUGUUCAGCACUAAAAGACAAGCUUGAGGACCUUAUCAAACAGGGUCACCUCGCGAGCUUCGUCACCUCUCAAAACCACCAGUCAAAGGGAGGUGACUACCACUCUCGGGAAGCUCCACUGCCGAGGGAUCGGCACCGCCGAUCCCGGCCGGCCGAAAGGAGAGACCACUCGCGGCACUCCCGAGAAGGCAAUGACCGACCAAGGAAGGUAAUAAACACCAUAGCCGGAGGCUUCGCCGGGGGAGGUUCCACAUCUUUCGCGCGAAAGAGACACCUCCACGCCGUACGAUCAGUGAACAGUGUAAACCAGCCGAAAAUGCCGAGAAUGCCUUCUAUAACUUUCUUCGACCGAGACUUCCGUGGCGUCGACCCCAUCCUAGACGACCCCAUGGUGAUUUCAGUCGAAAUGCACAACUGCAUUGUGAAGAAAACAUUGGUCGAUCAAGGGAGCUCGGCCGACAUCUUGUACUGGAAUACGUUUGUACAGCUCGGGAUCCCGGAGGAGAGCCUAGAACCAUACCACGAACCACUGGUAGGCUUAUCAGGCGAAAGAGUGAUGACGAGGGGAUGUAUUGACCUAUACACCCGUUUCGGCUUCGAUCAAAAGUAUUCCAAAGAGAUUAAAAUCCGUUACAUUGUGGUGCACGCAAACACAUCGUACAACAUCCUUCUAGGCCGACCCUCGAUCAAUGCACUAGGAGCCAUCGUCUCGACCCCCCACCUGUGCAUGAAGUUCCCUUCGAGAGAUGGACAAGUGAUAACCAUGCAUGCCGACCAGAAAACGGCAAGAGAGUGCUAUCUCUCCAGCCUUAAAGUGCAACCACGAGAGAUUAAAUAA